UUGCCGAACACAAAGCCCAGCCCUCAGUUGUCUUGUUAUUAUUCCAUGGCGUCGAAUUAGAAAACAUCUAACAUCUUUGUCGAAAAAGCAGCAGUGGCCGAAAAUCGCGCCCAUUCGUGCCUGCGCCGAAGAAGAGGAGAGAAAUUCCGUAAAAAUGACUGAAUAUUGGAAAUCGACCGAAAAGAAGUUCUGCGACUUCUGCAAAUGCUGGAUUGCCAAUAACAGAGCUAGCAUUGAUUUUCACGAGAGAGGAAAAAGACACAUUGGAAAUGUGGAAAAGAAGAUUAAGGACGUCGGCAGAAAGAGUCAGAAGGACCAAAAGGCGAAAGACUAUGAAGCCAGACAGUUGAAGAUCAUGGAGCAGAAUGCCAUGAAAUCGUACAUGAACGACGUCUACCUCAAAUCGGACUAUUCUUCCCAGUUUGUCGAACUACCUGAAGGCUACGCACCAGAAGGGGAAGCAGGACCUUCCGCCAUGCCCACAGUCAAGACCCAAGCUGAACUGCAAGCUGAGGCCAAGCAAAAGAUCAAAGAGCAGGCGGAAAUGAAGGCAAUGCAGAUCCAGGCAGAAAGGGAUGCGAAAGAGGCAGCCGCAAAGAGAGCGGCUGAAGCUGCUGGUUCUAGUUACACACCAGUCGUCAAACUGGGGCCAGGCGCCACUUCCACCGAGGUUCUGGGCACGCAGCGACUCCGCCCUAAAAACUUCCGGUUUCAAAAGAAACUUCCCAAGUGGUACGAAGCCAAAGAUAAGGACGAUGUUUCUUACUAUUGGAACGUCAUCACUAAAGCCACAACGUAUGACAAACCUGCAGAUGGGUUUGUCUCUUUGGAGUUGCAAGAGCGCAAUCGAAAGGAAGAAGAAGAGAAACAAAAAACUAGGGAGGAGCAGUGGCAAAUUAUGAAAAAUCCUCUGAAGAAUCCACUGCCAGAGUGUGAUAAGCCAACUCCUUUUGGAGCGUGGACAGAGGUAAAAUCAGCCGAAGAAAGUGAGCAUGUGGACCUUCAACUUCCCAAGAACAACAGAGUACAACCCGUUUUGCCUGUUUUCACUGAAGAAGAGAUGCCCGAGAUAAAGUUUAAGGAAAAGGUGGUCAAAUCCUUAGCUCCAGGCCCAGGUUGCAGUUCAGAACCGGUGGCGUUCAAGAAGAGAAAAAUUCAGAAUUUUAGAGGUCGGCAGCGAAAAGACGACGACGAUGAUUAGGCUUUUGAAUAAAAUAUAUUGUUUUUAACAAUGAAAAGACAAGAGAAUUUUAAAAGCUAUUUGGUUGAGUCUGCCUCGAUCUGGAAGUCAAUGUUGCUAUCACUAUCAUUGUCAACAUCUUGGAGGAACUCGUCAAGGGCAGACUUGUCGGCUUCAAGGUCCACUUCUUCCAGCGAAAUUUCUUUAUCAAAAUGCCCGCGAAUUUCUAGUUCUAAAAAUAAAAAUAACAUCAUGCAAAAUUAUAUCAUAAAAUAAAUUGACAAUGUUUUGGUUUUAGUUUAACCAA